AUGUGGUCCUUACAAAUCUUAGUAAACAUUUUUAUUUUACAUUUUUUGCCUAUAAAAAGCAAAGGUUUAACCAAUCCUAAUGUUUUGAUUAUCUUAGUCGAUGAUUUACGCCAUCUUUCGGAAAAAUAUGUUGACCUACCGAACAUUAAAAAACUGGCUGACAACGGCGUUAAUUUUAAAAAUACAUUCGUGCAGCAAGCUCUUUGCGCACCCAGUAGAAACUCAAUGCUUACAGGUCGUCGCCCCGACUCAUUACGUUUAUACGACUUUUAUAACUACUGGCGUGACGCAGUCGCCAAUUUCACCACUCUGCCCCAAUUUUUCAAGGAAAAUGGAUACGAUACAUAUUCAGUUGGCAAAAUCUUCCAUCCAGGAGUAAGUUCAAACUUCACAGACGAUUACCCAUACAGUUGGUCUGAAUAUCCUUAUCAUCCUCCCACAGAAAAAUAUAAGGACGCACCUGUAUGUAAAGAUAGAACAAGAAAGACACUUAAAAAAAAUCUUAUAUGUCCUGUGAAUAUCUUGCAUCAGCCGGGGGGAACGCUACCAGAUAUAGAAUCUUUAGAUGCAGCUAUAAAUAUUAUUUCAAAGAGAAAUAGUAGCAAGCCCUUCUUACUUGCAGUUGGUUUUCAUAAACCUCAUAUUCCGAUAAAAUUCCCUAAAGAAUAUCUGGAGUGGAUACCAAUGUAUAAAGUGAAGCCUCCGAAACAUCCUUUUAUGCCACAGAACAUGCCAAUAGUCUCCUGGCAUCCAUGGACCGAUGUGCGACGUAGAGAUGACAUCCAUAGACUAAAUAUAUCAUUUCCUUGGGGCACCAUGCCUUAUGAUUGGUCAUUGAAAAUAAGGCAAGGUUAUUAUGCGGCUUCGGCAUAUGUAGAUGACUUGAUUGGACAACUGAUAAGCUAUGUUAAUAUGAGGAAAACAGUUGUAGUUGUAACCAGCGAUCAUGGUUGGUCCUUAGGCGAAAACGGACUCUGGGCAAAAUACAGCAACUUCGACGUGGCUUUAAAAGUUCCAUUAAUAUUUUCAAUACCUGGACAGUCACCGCGAAGCGUUGACACUCCUGUAGAACUUGUAGAUAUUUUUCCUACGUUAGUUGACUACAGCAAUUUGCCGCAUAAGAUACCAAAAUGCCGUAGCAAUCAAGAUAAAUCUCUAUUAUGCUUUGAAGGAAAGAGUUUAAAAUCCCUAAUUACUAAAUCACAAAUGUUUGGUAAUUAUUUCGCCAUUAGCCAGUAUCCAAGGCCGAGUGUUUACCCUCAAAAAAAUUCUGAUAAGCCUCACAUGAAAGAUAUUAAAAUAAUGGGGUACAGUAUUAGAACUAAGAGGUACAGAUACACAGAAUGGGUUUCAUUCAAUAACACUUUAUUUACUAUAGACUGGAACAAACAUUAUGGCCUAGAACUAUAUGAUCACUUAAUAGACCCCGAUGAAGCCAAUAAUCUAUAUUUAGUUAGUAAAUAUAAAAAUAUUAAACAAUAUUUGUCAACAUUAUUAAGAUCACAUGUUAACAGAAAUUAUAACUAA